AUGUGUGGACAGUUUACUAUUCGCUACAUCCUUGUCAAUGGUGAAACAAGCGACAUCCGAGUCAGGGAUGAUGAGACAAUUCGCGAAUUGAUGGAAGAACUUGAAGAGAAGACAGGUUACCCAGUUGAAAACCAGAUGCUUUUGUUUAAUGGUCAAGUACUUGCCCCAGAUAGCACAAUUGAAUCAUCCAAAGUUCAGCCAGGUGAUAGUAUUCACAUUACACCUAAUCUCGUUGGUGGCUAA